CAUGGGAUUUACCGGACAGACACGAUAUAGACAUUGUCGCGGUACCAGCAGCUGGUGCCUUGAAACGUUUCAAUCCGUCAGUAAUAAAACGUACGUUAACUACUCGUGUUGUCGCAAACGAAAAUCGCAGUGCGUACUUGAACAGUGUUUUAGUGUAUUUUUUUUAAAUAUCAGUGUCAAUAGAUUAAAUUAACGAAUCAUGCGUUGGUUUUUUAUAAACGUCAUAGGACUGACGCUUUUGGCUACUAUAAUUUUGUCUGCUCCAUCAAGCGAAAAUAAAUGCCUACCCGAUGGGCCUGGAUUGACCAUUGAAGAGUUUCUCUCCGGUCAGUUUUAUUUAUUCGAACGACAACAAGCUUUCAGUAUUAAACUCUUACAAACAGCUGUAGCUGCUUCGCCAAAACAAAAUUUAAUAUUUUCUCCUCACAGUAUAUACACAGCACUUUUGAUUACAUAUUUCCUUAGUGCAGAUCAAACAGAAGCUGAAUUGAAAAAAUUCCUCAAUCUUCCUCCUGAACAGGAUAAACUUAAAGUAUUGCAAGCUUAUCGAAUGGAAAAAUUGUUCCAAACAAUGAGGGCUCAAAAUACAAGUUCAGAUUAUGAAUUCAGUUCAACCGAUCGUCUGUUUGUUUCAAAGCGCUUGCCCCUUCAAAAGUGUGUGGGUGAAGUAUUCGCUCAGGAAGUUCAUCCCAUGGACUUUGUCAUUGAUCCUGAACUAGCUCGUAUGUAUAUUAAUAAUUGGGUGACCAAUCAAACCAAUGGACACAUUAAAGAUCUUAUACCUUCGGGUAACAUAAACUACAAUACUAGAUUAGUACUGACAAAUGCUGCAUAUUUCAAAGGUUUGUGGAGUUCUCAAUUUGCUUCAGAAAGCACCAAAGAAGAAGUGUUUUAUAUUUCACCAACUGAGAAUGCUAAAGUACCAAUGAUGUGGCAGUCCGGGACUUUUAAUUUGUUGAGUUCUGACGAGUUAGGAGCACAUGUUUUAGAACUUCCAUACAAAGGUGGAGACAUUAGUUUGUUCGUCAUAUUACCUCCAUUCAACAAACAACGAGGUAUCAGUUUGUUAACGAAGAGACUCAACACUAAUAUUCUUCAAGAAAUCGUUUCUUCCAACGAUUGGCGAACACGUAAUGUUGAAGUAUCCUUACCUAAAUUUAGUAUUGAACAAACAAUGGGUAAUUUAGUACCUUUGUUGGAACAAAUGGGUAUUGGUGAAUUGUUUAAAGGAAGAGCUGAUCUAUCAACUUUAACUGGUGGAGCAAAUGGUGUAACUGUUGAUGAAGCUGUCCACAAAGCUAAGAUUUCCGUGGACGAAGAAGGUACCAUAGCAGCAGCGGCUACUGCAAUUAUUUCAUCUAGAUCAUCCAGACCUCUUGAACCAUACAAAUUUCGAGCAAAUCAUCCAUUUGUAUAUUUCUUAUUUGAUAAAAUCACUGGUUCCGUUUUAUUUAUGGGAGUAUACAAUUCACCAAAUAAUAAUUAAGAAGCUUCAUAAAAAUCUAUAACAAAUCUUUCAUAUUAUUAUGACAAAUCUCAUACGUUUUUCAAACGAGUUGUAUAUAUGUGUAAUAGCGUAUAAUUUUGUAUGCAACACACCAACAAUGUAAAUAAUAUAGAUGAUAUUCAUAAUAAAUUGUAAUUUUGUAGUUAAUGUGAAUUAACUCGAGUAUCAAGCUUAACAUAGCAUUAUACUAUGUAAAACCUUCUAUGAUGGCGUGAUUAUACCUCAUCUUUAAAUUAUGUAUAUAUUUUUAUUAUUAUUUUUAUCAUUAAAUUGUAUAAUUUUCAAAGAACAUGUAGCAAAGUUGUGUGUAUAAUAAAUUAUUCAAUGAAUUGUA